AUGGGCGUCUCGGAGCUAGCGUGGUGGCUGGGGCUGCUGCUUGGCGCCAUCCCGUUAUUAGUCCAGACCAUCUGGUACUGGAACGACGUUCGCUCCUUAGUCUCCCUGAAACUGAGAUCAGCCUGCGGUAAUAACGUCAAACAAGGUGGCGGGAAGCUUCCUCCAGGCCACAUGGGGCUGCCCUUCCUUGGAGAGACCCUCGGCUUCCUCUGGUACUGCAAGAUCCUUCGCCGGCCCGAUGACUUUAUCCACUCCAAAAGAAAAAGAUAUGGGGAAGGAGUGGGGAUGUAUAGGACCCAUCUUUAUGGGUCUCCCACCAUCCUCACAUGCUCUCCAGCCAGUAACAAGUUUGUGCUGAAGUCGGCUGAGGAUUUUCGCAUCGGAUGGCCGGCACCGGAGCUCGUUGGCUUCUCGUCCCUCAUCAACGCGGAAGGAAAGCAGCACGCAAGGCUGAAGAGCUUCGUAGUUAAAGCGAUUAAUCAGCCCCAAGCACUCCGGCGAAUCGCCCACACGGUGCAGCCACGGGUCGUUUCUGCGCUCCACUCUUGGGCAGAGAAGGGCACCAUCAAUGCCGUGCUCGAAACCAAAAAGGUGACAUUUGAGAAUAUAUGUAAGUUGUUUGUAAGCAUGGAUCCCAGCCCAGUCACAGAUGCGAUAGAUCAGUGGUUUGAAGGCCUAGUCAAAGGAUUUAGAGCGUAUCCGAUAAAUUUUCCAGGGUCAGCAGCACACCACGCGCUCAAGUGUCGGAGAAAGCUGACUGCAGUGUUCAGAGAAGAACUGGAGAAGAGGAAGGGAAGGAAGAAUGAGAUCCAUGAAAACAGUGACUUAAUGGAUGGUCUGAUGCAAAUUAAGGAUGAGGAGGGGAAGCAACUGACUGAUGAUGAGGUGGUAGAUAAUAUAGUCUCUUUAGUCGUUGGAGGGUAUCAGUCGACAGCACUCGCUUCCAUGUGGGCUCUUUAUCACACCUCUAAAUCACCAGAGGUUCUUCACAAGCUUCGGGAGGAGAACAUGAUGAUAAGCAAGGAGAAGAAAGGGGAGUUCAUAACUUUGGAUGAUAUAUCACAAAUGAAAUACACAGCUAAGGUGGUGGAGGAAACAAUAAGAUUGGCAAAUAUUUCUCCCACUCUUUUCCGAGUCGCCAACAGAGAUGUUGAAUAUGGAGGAUAUAGAAUACCAAAGGAUUGGCAAGUUGUUGUCUGGAUCCGAUCCCUUCAUACAGAUCCCAUGAAUUUUGACAAUCCACUGAGCUUCAAUCCCGACCGCUGGGACCAACCUGCAAAGCCUGGAACAUUCCAAGUGUUUGGAUGGGGGCAUAGGAUCUGUGCUGGGAACAUGCUUGCACGAAUGCAGCUUACAAUCAUUCUUCACCAUCUUGCUCUGGGCUAUAAGUGGGAGUUGCUCGAUCCUGAUGCGAAGAUGACGCACCUUCCUCAUCAAAGACCAGUUGAUGGGGCUGCCAUGGCAUUCAGCGUGCUUUGA